AUUGUGGUAGUUAAGUUUAGAGCUUAUAUAAGAAACUGUGCUUUGUACAAUAUAACUUGUUUUGGCAAUACGUACAAAUAUUGAUGGAGCUAAACUUUGGCACUAAUUCUUUAGACAACUUUUGUUCUGAUCAAGAUGGCUUAUCCCUUAAGCCAUUAAGGUGCCCUGCACCUUUUCUUUUGAAGACCUAUGAUUUGUUGGAAGAAGGUAGUGAAGAAAAAGAUGGAAUUAAAAUAGUGUCAUGGAAUGAAGAAGGAAAUGGUUUUGUUGUGUGGUCUCCAGCUGAAUUUUCAGAGCUUAUCUUGCCUAGAUAUUUCAAGCACAAUAACUUCUCUAGCUUUAUUCGACAAUUGAAUACAUAUGGAUUUAAGAAAACAUCAUCUAAAAUAUGGGAAUUCAAGCAUGAGAAAUUUCAAAAGGGUUGUAGGCACAUGCUUGUUGAAAUCAAUAGGAAAAAGUGUGAGCCAAGUGUGUUUCCUCAAUACCUCAAGUCUUGUUCAGAGGAAAAUGCAAUGACUAGUUCAUCAGUGGAAGAAAGCAUUAACAAUCAUGAAAUACUCAUGGAAGAGAACAAGAACCUAAAGAAAGAGAGAUUAGAGUUGCAAAUGCAAAUAGCUGAAUGCAAGGCACUUGAAAUGAAGUUGUUGGAUUGUCUCUCUCAAUAUAUGGAUACCAGCCAAAAUAAAGUCAGGAGACUAUGACACUAUAUAUGUUAAUAGAGAAGAAAAAAUGUGUUUGUCAUCAUUGAAUAAUAAUGCAUGCAUGUUUUAUCUUUCUUGGUUUAAUCAAAAUUUGAGUUAGGGGGUAAAUAUUGGUAAGAUUCAUAAAUGAUUAUCAUAAUUUAUAUGAACCAACAGGAACCUU